AUGGCCCUGCUUUCAACAGCCAAGGAGUACGUCAAGUCCGAACUCAAGAUCACUCCACAAGUGGAGCAAUAUCAGCACAAUCCAACUAGUAAGCGGCAACAUGUUGUACCGGAAAAUAGAGAUACCAGCAAUACCCCCACGAAGUGGCGACCGACGAAUUGUUUCUACUGUGACAAAUGCGGACACCAACCAAAAAAUUGUACUGAAGUACCGACAAUCGAGCAACGACGACACAUCAUGAAAACGAAGAAACUCUGUCACAAUUGUGGAGCCAACGACCACAUAGCCACGAAGUGUCCUAGAGGACCCUUCCGCGUUUGCGGAACAACCGGACAUCAUACGUCUAUCUGCAAAAAACUCUUCGACUCAUACUCACCACCACGUUUACCUCCACCAGUAAAACUGCCUAAGAAACAAUCACAGCCAACGAAACCGACGACACGAGCAUCGGCGACGCGUGCGAAGGUGAAUUCAGUCAAUUUCGAGUCUACACUCGAUGUGAAGCCGCAACCGAAUACAGUUCUGCACGUCAACGACAAUGCAGAAGUCAUGAUACUCGCAGGGCAAGCACAGGAGCCGACAGAUCGUUCAUCAGCAACGAGUUGGCCAAACGACUGA